AUGUUGACCCUGCUGGGCCUCAUCACUGCUGCUGCCACCGCGGUGGCAGUCCCCCCUGGAGCAGCAGCAGCAACGGCCCCUCGCUCCUCCGCAUCUACAGAGGCCCAACCCCAACCCCAACCCCUAACAGGGCGCUUUCUACAUAUCACCGAUUUCCACCCCGACCGGUACUACAAAGCGGGUUCUUCACCCGACGACGGUUCAUGCCACCACGGCAAAGGCAAAGCAGGAUACUUUGGACAAGAUGGAUCGGACUGCGACUCCCCGCUCGUCCUGGUAGACGAGACAUUCCGCUGGAUCAAAGACAACAUCAAAGAUGAGAUCGACUUCGUGAUCUGGACCGACGAAAUCCUCGAAUCGAAUCGCUACAUGUCACAGAAAUGGGUCGAUCUAUUCGGAACCCAUGACUCACCAGAUCGCUCCGCGGGUCGUCUCUCCGUCCCCGUGGUGCCUACAUUCGGCAACAACGAUAUCCUCCCACAUAACAUUUUCCGCGGCGGCCCGAACCCCUGGACGAAGAAGUUCGAUGAGAUUUGGGCUGAUUUCAUCCCCGAGGAUCAGCGGCAUAGCUUUGUUCAGGGCGGUUGGUUUACCAGUGAGGUGAUUCCUGGCAAAUUGGCCGUCAUUAGCUUGAACACGAUGUACUUUUUCGAAUCUAAUAGUGCUGUCGAUGGGUGCAAGGAUCGAUCUGAGCCCGGGUAUGAACACAUGGAGUGGCUGCGGGUGCAGCUGCAGAUUCUGCGCGAGCGUGGCAUGAAGGCUAUCCUGAUGGGUCACGUUGCGCCUGCGCGCUCAGACGAGAAGACCAACUGGGACGAGACUUGCUGGCAGAAGUAUACGGUGUGGAUGGAUCGGUACCGGGAUGUGGUUGUCUCAAGUCUCUACGGGCAUAUGAAUGUUGACCACUUCGUCCUGCAAGAUAGUCACGCCGCGGACGCGGAUGAGCUGUCGGAGAAGCAGAGCGAUGGUACUGUCUCUGCCAUGUCCAAGUCGGACUACCUCGUUUCUUUGCGGGACCAGUGGUCCGAUCUGCCAUCUGUACCAGCGGGCUUGGACAGCAUUCAAAAGAUGGAAGACUUCCUCGAGGCAAACAAGAAGAAGGGCGGGAAGGGCAAGGAAGAUAAGAAGGAGAAGAAGAUUCGCAAAUACUUGAAGAAGAUUGGAGGCCCGUGGGCUGAGCGAUACAGCGUGUCGUUGGUUUCGCCCAGUCUCGUGCCGAAUUUCUUCCCGACGCUGCGCAUGGUGGAGUACAACCUGACGGGGUUGGAGAAUGUCGGCCAAACCGACGAGUCCGCCUCCGUCCCGCAGCAGCUAUCCGAUCUAUAUGAUUAUCAGUCGGGCCACGAUUCGUCGGUAGACACGCAAAAGAAGAAGAAAAAGAAGGGCAAGGGCAAAGACAAGGAAAAGGGAAAGAAGAAGCCCAGCUUCAGGGCGCCCGAGCCACCAUCCUCCACGGCCCCGCCUGGCCCAGCAUACUCCAACCAGGCGUUGACGCUGUUGAGUUACACGCAGUACUAUGCCAACCUCACACGACUUAACGAGGAAGCCAGUCAAGCGAAGAAAUCCCCACGCAUGGAGUUCGAGGUGGAAUACACCACGAACGACGAUGUUUAUGAUAUGAGUGACCUCACCGUCCGCAGUUACCUAGAGCUUGCGACCCGGAUCGGGGAAGCUGGGGAAGUCUCGAGCCAGAAGAAAGGCAAGGUCAACGCGGUUUGGCGAGCGUUCUUGGAGCGGGCUUUUACAGGGUACAUGGAUGUAGACGAGCUGGAAGAGAGCUUUUAG